AGGCGCCCGGCGUGGGCCGGGCGGGAAGAGCCGAAGCGGGCAGGCAGCGGAAAUAUCCGAAGCGGUGGGGUGCCCGAGGCCGUUGCCGACUUCCGCGCCGAAGCCGCUGCUGCCGCGGAAACCUAGCCUCCUCCGGUGCACGGCCGCCGCCACCGUGACUGCUGCGUACUCCUGCCCGACGUAGUGAGCUGGCAAACUGCGCGGCCGAGGAAGCCCCGCGUCCGCACCCACAAUUGGGCCUAAGGAGACCUGAGCGGGCAAGGGUUGGGAGGAAGCAACCGAAGGAGGCAGGGGCGGGGCCGAGCGGGCCCGAGAGCAGCCGAGUCCGGCCGAGCGCCGCCGAGCGAGCCUGAGGCUCCGGGCCAGGCCCGAGCCGGACUACGGGAGCCGAGGCGGGCCGCGCGGUGGGCGCGGAGCGGUGCGGCAGGCCGGGCGGGCGGCGGCAACAGCGGAGAGGCCGCGGCGGCGGGUCCAAGGAGCGGAGGCGGCGCGGGCGGGGGCCGGGUGGCCGGGGUCCCGGGCCCCGCGGCGGCGGCAGGGGCGGCGGCGGCAGGAUGAUCAAGCUGUUCUCGCUGAAGCAGCAGAAGAAGGAGGAGGAGUCGGCGGGCGGCACCAAGGGCAGCAGCAAGAAGGCGUCGGCGGCACAGCUGCGGAUCCAGAAGGACAUAAACGAGCUGAACCUGCCCAAGACCUGUGACAUCAGCUUCUCAGACCCGGAUGACCUCCUCAACUUCAAGCUGGUCAUCUGUCCUGAUGAGGGCUUCUACAAGAGUGGGAAGUUUGUGUUCAGUUUUAAGGUGGGCCAGGGUUACCCGCAUGACCCCCCCAAGGUGAAGUGUGAGACGAUGGUCUAUCACCCCAACAUUGACCUCGAGGGCAACGUCUGCCUCAACAUCCUCAGAGAGGACUGGAAGCCAGUCCUUACGAUAAACUCCAUAAUUUAUGGCUUGCAGUAUCUCUUCUUGGAGCCCAACCCCGAGGACCCACUGAACAAGGAGGCAGCCGAGGUUCUGCAGAACAACCGGCGGCUGUUUGAGCAGAACGUGCAACGCUCCAUGCGGGGUGGCUACAUCGGCUCCACUUACUUUGAGCGCUGCCUGAAAUAGGGUUGGCGCAUACCUGCCCCUGCUAGGGCCACGAACCCUGGUAUCCCCUGCAAAUAUUUAUUGGGGGUUACAGGUGGGGGGUGUGGGGCGGCCAAUGGGGUAAUCCCUUCCUUGGCCUUGCCUCCCCUCCCUGCCACCUGCCCCUAGUUAUUUUUUUUUUUAACCACCACGUGAUUAAGGUCGGCGCUGCCUCCCCCGACCCACUCAGCAAUGGGAAAUGAAUUGGCUUGUCUAGCCCCCCUGCUGGGUGCUGUCCAGCCCCCACUCUGGGCUGUGGGGUGGGUGGGCAAAGGGCCUGGGUAGCCGGGCGGGCAACCCACCCCUCCACCACCGGAGGUCCCACCAGGCUAUUAAAGGGGAAUAUCACUGCA